AAUGGUACUUUCCCUCCGUGGCUUUAUGUCGAGGGUUCAACCUUUUGCAUCCUCUCGUUCCUUGUUUUGCUUCCGCAAAAUCUGAUUUGUAUCUUCUUUAAGCUUCAACAAUAGCUAUGGCAUUAUGGUUGAACUAAAAAGGAACGCACCAGAUUAUUAACCGCUUACAGAGGGGUUUUCAAAACCAAGGCACGUUGCUGGCUUCGGCUCAUAGAUUUCUAAUAAUUAAGCAGCCCUUUAGGUCCAAACCAAAAGGAAAUUCCUUGAAUUGUGGACUCAGAUUUAAGAUUUGAAUUACCAGAAGCAGAACACGGACCUAAUUUGUGCCAGAAUCCAGAGUCAAAAGCGUUCACAAAUCCUCUGGAGCCUGAGCCGGGAGGAAGCCAGUUAUUGCAAAACCCCAAAGUCUGUAUGCCAUCACUGACAAACUCACUAGGUAUCUGGCAGUCAGAGUCCUGGGACCGAGCGGCAGUGCGGCAUUCUUAUUCUCAGUUACUGGACAACAUGGCUCCCAAUCACAAGCUUUCCGAGGUAUCUGUCGAUGGAGAAUAUCUCACGGGGAAGAACUACCUGGCUAAGAACGGGAGGUUCUGGCUCUGGUUUUUGGUGGGAACGCUGCUGAAUGUGUGCCUCAUCGCGGCCUCGGUCGGCCUGACCGUGAUGUACGUCCACACGGAGCUGCAGUCACUCAAGGACCAGAUGCAAAUUCACGAAGAGCGUUUGGCAUGGUUGGAAGAUGCCUCGUCGAAACAAGACGCCGGGAAGGAAGGCGUCCCAACCUGGAAGUAUGCCCAGUUGCGAACGAGACGAGAUCAGGAGCCUCAAGUGUCGUCUGGCAACAGCGGCCAACAAAAUGCAACGCUCCUUCCGGGUUACGGACCAGGAAACGCAGGUGUUGUUUUCUGCCGGGACGGUCGUGAUGGGAGAGACGGUAAGGAUGGACAUGACGGAGCCCAAGGACCAGCGGGACCGGCCGGCCAGUCAGGAAUCAAGGGCGAAAAGGGAGAUCCUGGUAUCGAUGGGGAUCAAGGCUCAUCAGGAGUGAUGAUGCACAGACGGGCCAAGCGAGCCCUCGGCGACGGGGAUUCGUCUCUUACAGCAGAAAAUCGGGAGUCAGGCGCACAUGACGUGUAUCCCACAUUGAAGCCGUCUGGGGGUGAGACCUACAUCCGAUGGGGGCGCACCACUUGUCUGAAUGAUACAAGCACGGAGCUCGUGUAUGCGGGCUUUGCCACGGGUGCGCAUUAUACUCACAAGGGAGGUUCUGUGGAUUUCUUCUGCCUCCCGUCUGACCCUGAGUGGUCGGCCUCUCACAACGACGGGAUCAACUCCAACUCCUUCCUGUACGGAAUGGAGUACGAAGUUUCCGGCUUCGAUCCCUUCUCCCACGAGAACGCCGAGUUCCUGCACAACCGUGACGUCCCGUGCGCCGUGUGCCGCCUCGUGGACCGCGGGACCCAACUGCUCUUCCCGGCCAAGCUCGGCUGUCCGGAAAACUGGACGGAGGAGUACAGAGGCUUUCUCAUGUCCGGACACCACGGCCACGAGCAGCGGUCCAAAGCUGUGUGCGUGGACGUGGCGCCCGAGGCGAUCCCCGGCAGUAAGACCAGCCAGGACGGCGCGCUGCUCUACAUCAUUGAGGGGAAGUGUGGCUCCCUCCUGUGCCCCCCUUAUGUCGAAGGGCGUGAAAUAGCAUGCACAGUCUGUAGCAUCUAGAAAUCAAUGCACGGUCUUUAUACCCAACCCCGUCUUGAAAUCACUGUUGCGUACAAGAGGGCGUCAGUAUACUACAUGUAUUACCUUUUUCAUUUUGUAGAAAGAAAUGACUGUACGUCGGUAGGGGUUAAUACUUAAUGAUAUUUUAUGUUGUGAGCGUUCCUUUAGUAAGAAAUAAUUAUUGGGGUUUUUUUUAAUCCAAGCCCGUUGUUUGGUUGUUUCUGAAAAAAAAAACCCAAUAAUUUCAAUCUAUGCUGAAUAGUCGGAUCUCUCCCCAAGUCCCACUGCCGUGUAACGAUGUAAACAGGAAUCAAGCUAUAAACACCAAGGCUUUGCUAAGACGCAUCCUUAAAAUGUGUUACUGCGCAUGGUUUAAAAAAGACUUAGACUUGAGUACCAAUCCCUUUACAAACUUGUUUACAUUUUCAGCAUAACCUUUUGUCCAAAAAUUCAUAUUUCAACUCGCAGUCAAAAGACAAAUACUCUUGUUUUCUGGUAGGUUUAAGUUCCACUGCACCAGCUUUUAUUUAAGUAUCCUCGGACUCGGCAAAGGACCUGACUACAAAACUAUCUACACUAUCUCCGAGCAGAGGUAACUGCGAUCCAGUGAAUAUAACUCUGAUAAUAUAAUUUUCAAUCAAAGAAUACCACUCAGAUGCAUGAAUUUUAUUAAAGUGAUAAUUAUCCUUUGCUUAUUAUGAAAAAUACAUGCCUAUUAUAAAAGAUACUUGAAAAGAAGUAGGCGACCCAACUGGUGAUGGGCUGGAAAGAGGUUUAUUUAUUGACUCCGGUUAUGGGUACAGGGUUGGUGGUCGGUAUGCAAAUCCAGUGGUGUGUGUAUAUGAUGUGUAGAUCCAACAAUCACGUGUGGGCGUGGUAGGUGUGUGGUUCUAAAAGGAGGAAUGAACACAAAGGGGAACUAAAUUACUAUGUGCACAGGCCAAGGAAACCCUUAUAAUGUCAUAAAGAUUAACAAUAUACAUGUAAACUUAUGUGUGCCCAUGAUAUGGUCAGUCUAGCAAUACGUGUAGGCCUACAAACAUGCAUUCAUGAACACAAAUAUGGAGGAAAAGGGCCCAAAUGCUUAUAAACACUGCCAAACCUUGGUAAAAUAGCACAGGAUGUAUGGAAAGACCCUAAAAUAUUGUCAGGAAACUCAAUAUUCCCAGUAAAGUGCCCACAAAACUUGUAUAUAUAAGCACGCGUAUGGCAUGACAUGUAAUUCCCAUACGUUAUGCCAAAUUUAAAAAAAACUUUUUUAGCGUCCCCGCCCGCUUCCUUUGUGGAGUACGCCUCCUUUUUU